CUCAACGAGAUGGGUGAUGCCAACCAGCGCCAGCUUCAAGUCAUCGGCUGUGGAAAAGGGUUCUAGAUCGUUUGAAGAGCUUGGCUCUACCGGUACCAGUACUUCGUAACUAGCUAGCUGUAGGAUGACCUAACUCUGGAUGCAAGGAAGCGAAGCAAAGUGAACGGGUUGAAAGAACGAUGGGGUGCUUAGCUAGCUACGAAAAAGACAAAAAGCAAAGACCAAGAUGAGCGGGUCAAGUACAUGUAACCAAGAGAGUGACAGUAAACUGAAGAAGAGACCGCCUGGCCUGAUGAAUUUUCCCUUGAUGAAGAAGAACAAUCUGUUGGAUCGAGUGGGAGCCUUUCUUCCGCAGAUUCAAGCUGCCAACCAAGAAUUGCUUGAUGCCACUGCCAAUGGUGAUGAUGACAAUGAUGAUGCUGGCAUUCGAGUCGACUUGAAUCUGGAGCAGGCCAAUGAUGAUGAUGAUGAUGACGACGACAAAGAAUCCGAAUGCGACAAAAGUGAAGCAAAGGAGGACGAGUUUCUGAUUCGGGAACAUCAACCCGGCAAAUCAUCCAAAGCUAUACAAAAAGAAGAAACCACGCCUUCUAUACAACUCGAGUUCUCCAUUGGUCAAUUCGACAAGAACUCUCCUGCCAUGAAGCUACUGGGGGACAACUCGGACAGUAGCAGCGAUGAAAAAGAAGAAGAGGAGGAGGAAGAUGAAGAUGAAAAGCGCAAUCUGCUACAGCGGCUAGAAACAUCCAACACCAAGCGCAAGGCAGCAGAAGAAUCUACCAAUACAAAAGCAACAACCAGCCAAAAAAGACCAAAAGGGCCACUCAUUACAGAGUUGUCAUGA